AGAGCGUUAGGCUUACUUCCACUCCACUCGCUGUCGCUGGGUUUAUUAUCCACGAAAGGAGAAGGAGCGGUGGAGAAGAGGAGAAGGUACCGCAGCCGCACAGGCACAGCUCCUGCGGCAUGGCGCAGUGGAGCAGCGUGGCCGCGAGCCUGGACCGGUGGAUUGGGCUUGGGCUUGGGCCAUGCCGCUGCGGCUCACCGCCGGCACCGUCCCGGGCGGCGAUGCCACGGCGCGGGCGUGCGAGGAGGAACGGCGGCAAGGUCGUCGGAUGCGCGUCCGUCCCGCGGGAGCAGGCCGAGCUGCCGCCGCUUGCCGUCGACGGCACCGAGAAGGCGUAGGCGGGUGCGGAGCGUGCGGCGGCGCGGGGUGGGUGCUCUGCGACUUCUGCCAGGGCAAGAAGAACAACGUCAAGUCGGAGACCGGCAGCCGGGUGUACCGCCGCUGCCCCACCUGCAAGGCUGCGGGCUUCAUCCUGUGCCCAAGAUGCAGGGUGUACAAGUGCGUCACCUUCCCAGAGAGCACUGAAUCGUGAGCGUGUCAUGGUGGUCGCACGUGUUUGUUCCAAAUCCAUGUAUGAGUCUGCAGAAGAGAUCUGUGUGAAUUACUACUAUUAUCUUCUGAAGAUAUUUAAAGGAGAAUUAUUAUAUUCUGACCGUGUUUACAGUAGAACACCUGUCUGUGCACGUAUACAGUUUUAAUUUCACACGCAGAGAUGCUCGCUCUUCCUUCAGA